AUGAGCUCCACAACGUCGCAGGACGCACCUACGUCAGGCGUCGUGAUGCGGGACCACCUACAGCAACCGGUCGAGCGUGUCACCGACCAUUUGGAGGUUCCUUCGCUAGACGACCGGAAAUAUCGUAUUAUACGUUUACCUAACCAACUUGAGGUGCUGCUAGUCCAUGAUCCUGAAACGGACAAGGCCAGCGCCGCAUUGGACGUUAAUGUCGGCAACUUCAGUGAUGAAGAUGAUAUGCCGGGUAUGGCACAUGCCGUGGAACAUCUUUUGUUCAUGGGUACGAAAAAAUACCCGGUAGAGAAUGCGUAUAACGUAUACCUCUCCUCUCAUUCGGGGAGCUCGAAUGCUUAUACCGGAGCCACUUCGACCAAUUACUUCUUCGAUAUUGCCGCGAAGCCGAGUAAUGGCGAGGAACCUUCCGAGACAAACCUAUCUCCCCUUUACGGUGGCCUAGAUAGGUUUGCUCAGUUCUUCAUCGAGCCCCUGUUCCUCCCGUCGACGUUGGAUCGUGAGCUGCGUGCUGUCGACUCAGAAAAUAAGAAGAAUCUGCAGAGCGACCAAUGGCGCCUCCACCAGCUAGAGAAGUCUCUAUCUAACCCCAAGCAUCCUUAUUGCCACUUCUCGACUGGUAACUUUGAGGUGCUUAAGACCGAGCCGGAAUCUAAAGGCAUAGAUGUGCGGCAAAAGUUUAUAGACUUUCACGAAAAGCACUACUCUGCCAACAGAAUGAAGCUUUGCGUAUUGGGCCGAGAACCACUAGACGUACUUGAGAAAUGGGUUGCCGAGUUAUUCUCUGGCGUACCAAAUAAGAACCUCCCACAGAAUCGUUGGGAAACAGAAGUACCGUUCACUAACGAGCUCCUAUCUAUGCAAUGUUUUGCAAAGCCGGUCAUGGAUUCCAGAGAGCUUAAUCUCUAUUUUCCAUUCUUGGACGAAGAAUAUCUUUACGAAACCCAGCCGAGUCGGUAUAUUAGCCACCUAAUUGGCCACGAGGGCCCUGGAAGUAUAAUGGCGUACCUAAAAUCGAAGGGAUGGGCCAAUUCGCUCAGCGCUGGUGCAUAUCAAAUAUGCCCUGGUACUCCUGGCAUUUUCGACUGUCAGAUCCGAUUGACAAAAGAGGGUCUAAAACAUUAUAAAGAGGUCGUCAAAGUAUUCUUCCAGUACAUAUCACUUCUCAAACAGACACAACCUCAAGAAUGGAUAUUCGACGAGCAGAAGGGCAUGGCGGAUGUGGACUUCAAAUUUAAGCAAAAGACACCAGCCAGUCGCUUCACAAGUAGGAUUUGUGCUGUGAUGCAAAAGCCGUUGCCACGAGAGUGGUUACUUAGCGGCCAAAGCCGCCUACGAAAGUUUGACCCGGAAUCUAUUGUUAAAGGGGUGGAACUAUUAAGACCCGAUAACUUCAGAAUGACUAUCGUGUCUCGGGACUUUCCAGGAGGCUGGGAUCAGAAGGAGAAGUGGUACGGAACAGAGUAUAAGGCUGAGAAUAUCCCCGAGGAUUUCCUGGCUGAGAUCGCCAAGGCCCUAGAGAGUACUUCUGAGAACCGUCUUUCCGCUCUGCAUCUCCCACACAAGAACCAAUUCAUCCCGACAAAGCUUGAGGUGGAGAAGAAAGAAAUUGAGCGACCAGCUCUAGCGCCUCGAGUGAUCCGAGAUGAUGAAGUGGCGAGAACGUGGUACAAGAAAGAUGACACAUUCUGGGUCCCGAAAGCGAAUUUAAUCGUCAGCAUCAGGAACCCUAUCAUAUUUGCUUCGGCAGAUAAUUCAGUCAAGUCGAAACUGUUCACGGAUUUAGUAAGGGAUGCACUAGAGGAAUACUCAUAUGAUGCUGAGCUCGCUGGGCUGCAGUACAAUGUCAGUCUUGAUUCUCGAGGGUUGUUCGUCGAGGUAUCCGGUUACAAUGAUAAACUGCCUGUAUUACUGGAGCAGGUUCUUAUUACUAUGCGGGACCUCGAGGUCAAGGACGAACGAUUUGAGAUCAUCAAGGAGAGACUGACUCGAGGCUACAAGAACUGUGAACUGCAACAGCCUUUUACACAGAUUGGCGACUACGUGUCCUGGCUUACAUCCGAACACGAUUACGUGGUUGAGCAACUGGUCGCUGUGUUGCCCGGAAUUACAACCGAAGACGUAAGACAGUUCUACAAGCAGAUCAUGUCACAGCUACACAUUGAGGCUUAUGUUCACGGAAACGUGUAUAAGGAGGAUGCCCUCAAGCUAACAGACAUGAUCGAAAAGAUACUAAAGCCUCGAGUCCUGCCGAAGGAGGAGUGGCGUAUCAUUCGGUCAUUAGAUUUUCCUCCAGGGUCAAACUACGUUUUCAAAAAGACCCUCAAGGAUCCGGCGAACGUCAAUCACUGCAUCGAGUACUAUCUCCACAUUGGCGAUAAAGGAGAUCGCCUAAUCCGUGCAAAGACGCAACUUCUUGACCAGAUCAUUCACGAGCCGGCUUUUGAUCAGCUACGGACUAAAGAGCAGCUUGGCUAUGUUGUCUUCAGUGGUCUUCGAAGUUCUUCUACUACGUAUGGGUUCCGCUUUAUAAUACAGAGCGAGCGCACUACUGAAUAUUUGGAAUCUCGAAUCGACUCCUUCCUAGCUACACAGACAAGUUCUCUAGAAAAUAUGAGUGAUACAGACUUUGAAAGUCACAAGAGGAGCGUGAUAAUUAAGCGUCUUGAGAAAUUAAAGAAUCUGGACCAGGAGACUGGUCGUCACUGGACGCAUAUAAGCAAUGAAUAUUAUGACUUUGAAUCAGCCCAACGAGAUGCAGCCCAAGUUAAGGAACUUACAAAGUCAGAGAUGAUAGAGUUCUACUCAACCUAUAUCCAGCCCACAUCACCAACCCGGGCAAAAUUGGUCGUGCAGCUCAUCGCUCAGGGUGUUAGCCCCAAAGCGAAGGAGGUCGAGGAGUCUACAAACGGAGACACAACUACGCUUUGGUCAAAUGGUACAGAACCAGUCUUGAUACGAAAUGUGCGGGACUUCAAAGCAGGACUUUCAGUGACUCCAGGAGCUCGUCCGGUUAGGGACCUCAGAGAUUUUGAGGAAAUAGACUCUAAGCUUUGA